CUCGCCCGUCUUCCUCCCGCUUCGACCGCCACCCUCUCUCUCUCCCGCCAAUUCACCUCUCUUCCCUCUCGACCUGUCGCCAGUGUGCUCUGCCACCGUGAUUGAUUGCUUCGAGACACGCCGCCCAUACGCAACACUCCCAUACGCGCCAACUCGACCACCGCCGCACCAUGCCCGGCCCCGAAGACGCCCUGAGGGAGCGUCGUCCUCAAGAGACAGUGAAAGAGCUGAACCAUGCCGCAGAGAACGACCCGCUCAAGGAAAAGAAGACGUUUGGCCGCACCCCCGACGGCACCAUCUUCACCGUCCCGCACACCGAGGACAUGGUCUCGCAGCUCCUCAGCCCAUCGCAGCCAAAGAACCUGUCGGACCUGCUCAUCCUCGCCGUCCUCGGCCUGCACAUCCUCGCCCUCUACCUGCUGCCUUACAACCUGCGCAUCCCCGUCUUCGCCGUCGUCUUCCUCUUCUGGCGUGCGGGCUACAAUGCUGGCAUUGGCUACCUCCUGCAGAUCCAGUCGCGCGACCGCACCCUCGUAACUUGGGCCCGCAAGUGCCGCCUGUUCGAGAAGCCGGCCUCGGGCAACAACCCCAACCCCGCCCUCUACGCUCUUCUGAAGCGCGAGAUGGAGACCAAGAUCCCGCGCGACUACAAGUUCGAGGAGGCUCCCAUUGAGUACAAUACCUGGUUGGUCUUCAGGCGUGUGGUAGAUUUGAUCUUGAUGUGCGAUUUCGUCUCGUACUCGCUCUUCGCCAUUGCCUGCGGCGGCAGCCCGGUCGGCGAGGGCAUGCCCAUGACCAUCGCGCGCUGGCUGACCGGCACCGCCCUCGUGCUCUUCAACCUCUGGGUCAAGCUCGACGCCCAUCGCGUCGUCAAGGACUACGCCUGGUACUGGGGCGACUUCUUCUACCUCGUCGACCAGGAGCUGACCUUUGACGGCGUCUUCGAGAUGGCGCCCCACCCCAUGUACUCGGUCGGCUACGCCGGCUUCUACGGAAUCUCGCUCAUGGCCGCGAGCUACAAAGUGCUGUUCAUCUCCAUUGCCGCCCAUGCUGCCCAGUUCGCCUUCCUCACUCUCGUCGAGAACCCCCACAUCGAGAAGACGUACAACCCCCCGGCGCCGAAAAAGCGCUCCAGCAUGAAUAUGUCCGAGAGUGCUACUCCCCGUCUGUCAGAAAGCAACGACGCUGGCAACGCCAAUGGGACGCCUGCCGUGGAGUCGGACGUCGUUCCUUCUUCGGUGCACAACUUUAUGGACAUUGAUUGCCAUCGCAUUGCUGACAUCACGGUCAUCCUCUUCAAAGUGUACCUGAUUGCCUUUACGGUACUCACCCCAAACACCCGCCUCUUCCAGGUGCUUUUCGUAGCGCAUGCGGUCGCGUGGAGGCUGUGGUACGCCAUGGGCAUCGGCUACAUCCUGGACCGCCAAUCGAACAAGAAGAAGUGGACGCGCCAUUUCAUCAAGUAUGGCGAGACCACCGAAGAGGCUUGGCGGCAGUGGAAGGGGCUGUACCACCUCAGCAUGACCAUGUGCUACGCGAGCUUCCUCGCGGCCGCUUACAAGAUGUACACGCUGCCUCCGGACUGGGAGUACGGCUCGGCGCUGCUUAGGCACGUGCUCGGAGCCGGCCUCAUCGCUCUUCAGAUCUGGACCGCCACCAGCAUCUACGAGUCUCUUGGCGAGUUUGGCUGGUUCUACGGAGACUUCUUCUUCGACCAGGCACCGAAGCUGACGUACAGCGGCAUCUACCGUUUCCUGAACAACCCGGAGCGAGUGAUUGGAUUGGCGGGCCUCUGGGGCGUCGUCAUCAUCACCUUCAGCAAGGCCAUUUUCUUCGUCGCCAUACUCAGCCACGUCCUCACGCUGCUUCACAUCCAACUCGUGGAGCGGCCGCACAUGCAGAAGCUGUACGGACAGAGCCUGAGGCAAGAUUCUGGCAUUUCCAAGACGUUGAAGCGCUCGUUGCCCUCUCCCAUCCGCCAAUGGCACGGCAACGCCGAGAAGGCUCUGUCAGACACGGUUGACUUUGUCGACGAGUUCCUCGAUGCCGCGCGGCCCAAGCUCGCCGCGGGCGUUGGCACUUUCGUUAAAGACGCGACUGCUCUCUUCAAGAGCUAUCCUGCUCGCAUUAGCAUCACGCGUGUAGCGCCCGACCUGGCCGGCCAUGACCCGAAGGACUACCACAUUGACGUGCAGGGCACGCCUUCAUCCGCCGUGGCCGCGCACGAGCGUCAUUCAGGCCGCGAAGGCGAGAACGCUCGCGCGCCCGCUCAGCGCACGUCCGAGUUCAAGACGCUGAUGUUCGAGUACGGCGCCCCGAUCAAAGUCCGCUGGUCCGCGCCGCUCAACCACAGCAAGAAGGACUGGAUCGGCCUGUACAUGGUGUCGGACAACGCCUCGCGCGAGGUCACGCGCGUGGCGUCGCAAGGCCGUUGGGUCUCGACCAACAAGGGCGAGUACGACUCUGUGCGUCCCGAGGUGGGCAUCCUGGUGAGCGACAAGCUGGUGUCGGCGGCCGAGCUGGAGUGGAAGCGCGACGGCGAUGAUAAGGAGUACCUCACCGGCGAGGUCGAGUUCGCGGGCGACAAGCUGUGGUGGACGAGCGGCGUGUUCGAGUUCCGCUACCACCACGACGGCAAGCACAAUGUCAUGGCCAUCUCGCUGCCGUUUGAGAUUCGCAUCGGCCGCUUCGAUGAGGACGAUGUUGAGGUCGACUCGAAUGGGCUUGUCCGCUGUGCGGUUGAGCAGGCGCUCUUGCCUGUUGUGCGCAACUGCUUUGAUCGCGACCCAGAGAUUGCGCCAGAGUCGGUGGAUGAGGGGUUCGGGGGGUUGGUGGAGAGGGACGGCAAGUUUGCGAAGAGAGUCGUAUUCGCGGUGCAUCAGAUGUUCGGCAUAGAAUUCGCGCCCGAGGUGGUCCAGGCCGACGGCAACGUCAAGAACCUGGCGUGGCGCAUCUGCAACGCCAAGAAGGUGCUGGCGCCCUACAGCAUGUCGCACUCGGGCGGCAAUACCACGCCCAAUGGCGCGAAGUACUAGGGUGUGGCCGGCCGCGCAAGGAGCGUACGACUGGAUUGUACAUACAUAUGCAUGUGCUUCCAUCUUGGUUGGGUGUUGUUGUUUGCUUGGCGCUUGCUUGCGAUGCUUGCUUGCAAAAAGGCCGCGAUGCGAUGUGUUAUGAUAGAUACCAUAUGGCGUUUUUGUUUGGCGCGCGCGGGGAGGUUUGCGCGCCCGCAUGCGUGGAUGAUGGUUUUGCGUUUAUGGGGUUGAGGAGAGGAGUGUGCGGUGGGGGUGGUGGUGGAAGGAGUGGCGAGGGUGCUCUCUACAUAGGUAGGAGUAUGCUGAAGAACGAAGGAAGGAAGGAAGAAGUGAGGUAAAAAGGUAGGGAUGGAAGGUAAAGGAAAAGAUAUGUGAGGAGAAAAAACAAUCAAAACUUAC